AUGUCUACCACAGACCACACCAUCGCGGAACUGAUCCCAAUGUGCAAGUUAGCAUUCCAGAAAUGCCUCACCUUUCCUGCUCUCUACAAUGACGAAUGGGCACAGCAUUGUCUUCUCGAUUUCAACCAUUGGGUGUAUCGGAUCGGACCUAUAUUGCUCUCGUCACAGAGCUCCGACUCACAGGAUAUAGUUCAAACUGAUAAGGCAAAAGACGCCUUAUUGUCGCUGCAUCAGUCCCUACUGGCCUGCGCUCAAUGCGCGGAAGCUGGUGGCUCCUGUAAGGAGGCUAUUCGGAAUGUUGAUUCGGCGCUUGAAAGUAUGGUUACUGUGGGGAAGGAGGUUCAGCAGAGGGAAAUUGAGAUGAGGGAUAUCGAGGGCAGGUUUGAGUAUAUUGAGGCUGGGGCUGAGUAUAUUGAGUAA